GUUCAGAUAUGUGCCUGACCGUGAGUCUGUGGAAGAGAAACGGUGGCAAACGUUUUCAUAUGACGCCCUCAGAUCAGUAGCGCCAACAGCGGUCGCUGGCUCAGUAUGAUUCCUCAGCACCGGACCGUGUCGACGGGAUGAAGUUCCGGGAGGACCUUGGCCGUAGGAUCUACAUUUUUGAGGAAUGUGGAUCUUUAAAGUCUAUUUUAGUAAGUACACGGUGUGGAUGUGUAUUUUACUCGCUUUCCAGACACAGUUAAGUCGUCGUUGAAUUGAAUCCCCGGAGUCGGAGCUCUUGAGCGGAUUCACCUGGAGAAGCUUCGGUGUCUGAACAUGGACACUCCCGGGGUUUGAAAGUAAUAUUGUAUUUCUUUGUAGAUUUUUGCUGUCAGCCAGUAGUCUCCUUUUGAGUAUCUGUCCUGUGGCUUUAAAGGAAGUCGGGAAACCUUACGAUUGAUCUUGGGCUCUCUUCUCCGUUGGAGUUGGGACCUACGGCGUUUCGGGGCGCAUUUCCCCCGAAUUCCACCGUUCUUAUUUUUUGACUGUGCGUUGCAGAAGUGCUCGACAUCCCAGCCAAACACCCGUCGUUAAAACGAUUCGUCGGAAGAAAGGUCGAUUGGGCCCCCGGUAGCCCCCUCAGUGCUCCUCACAGUCUCAGCAAGUCAUCGUUGCCUGGACACAGACGCCUCUGAUGUGUGCGGACGGACAUCUUAAGCAGUGGUUCCCCAGGCACCCCGCGCCAGACUCAUGACUCUCCUGGAGUUGUCCCCUCUCUGCUAGCCUGACGCCGAUUCCUCAGUCUUCAUGAGAUUCCUCAUCCGCCAGAAGCACACCAGAUAGAGUUUCUGUGAGGGAUGGAGUGGUUCGUCCUCUCCAUGCUGCUCCUGGCUGCGUCGGCGUCGGCCCAGCUGUGCCCGAAGCGCUGCAUGUGCCAGAACCUGUCGCCGUCGCUGGCCAUCCUCUGCGCCAAGACGGGCCUGCUGUUCGUGCCGUCGGUCAUCGACCGGCGCUGCAGUGGAGCCCUGGCCUGACGAGAACUUCAUCCCGCGGCCGUCGUGGCGACCAGCCAACGCCAACAUGCCAGCCUGCUCCCCUGGCGCUCGGCGAACACCAUCAGCCAGAUCAUGCCUUACACCUUCGCCGACCUCAAGAGGCUGCGGGCGCUCCACCUGGACUCCAACCGCCUGAGCGUCGUGGCGGACGACCACUUCCGCGGCCUGACCAACCUGCGCCACCUCAUCCUGGCCAACAACCAGCUGCACCACAUCUCGCCGCACGCCUUCGACGACUUCCUGGGCACGCUGGAGGACCUGGACAUGUCCUACAACAACCUGGUGGACGUGCCCUGGGAGACCAUCAGCAAACUGACCAACGUCAACACGCUCAACAUGGACCACAACCUCAUCGAGCACGUGCCGCAGGGAGUGUUCACAAACAUGCUCAAGCUGGCGCGUCUGGACAUGACGUCCAACAAGCUGAAGAAGAUCCCGCCGGACCCGCUCUUCCUGCGGAUCCCCGUCUACGCCAAGUCCAAAGGCUCGUCGCCGUCCUCUCUGGUGAUGAGCUUCGGCGGUAACCCGCUGCACUGUAACUGCGAGCUGCUGUGGCUUCGGCGGCUGACCCGCGAGGACGACCUCGAGACGUGCGCGUCUCCGCCGGACCUGACCGCGAAGUACUUCUGGACCAUCCCCGAGGAGGAGUUCAUCUGUGACCCGCCGGUCAUCACGCGCAAGUCGCCCAAGACCUUCGCCAUGGAGGGUCAACCGGCCAGCCUGAAGUGCAAGGCCAACGGCGACCCGGACCCGGAUGUCCACUGGAUCUCGCCUGAGGGCCGGCUCAUCUCGAACACGUCCCGCACGCUCACGUUCAGCAACGGCAGCCUGGACAUCAACAUCACCUCGCUCAAGGACUCGGGCGUGUUCAUGUGCAUCGCGUCCAACGCCCGCGAAGCGGAGUCCGCGGGCAGUGGGCUGGUGGUCCAGCCACUGCCCGUAGCCAACACCACCAACCGCUGCCUGCUUGAUCCCGAGCCCUCCGACAUCCUCACCUCCGCCAAGUCCACGUCGGGGGCGUCCGGUGCGGGGUCAGGCGCCGCGGGGAACGAUACCCGGGGCCCGGAGAGGAGGGUGGUGCUGAUGGAGCUGACCGUCAACUCGGCGCUCAUCCGGUGGCCCCCUCAGCACCACUUCCCUGGGAUCAGGAUGUACCAGGUCCAGUACAACAGCUCCGUGGACGACACGCUGGUCUACAGGAUGAUUCCAUCCACCAGUCAAGACUUCCUGGUGCGUGACUUAGUCUCGGGUCGUGAGUACGAACUGUGUGUGCUGGCGGUGUACGACGACAGCCUGAGCUCGCUGACCGCCACGCGUCAGGUGGGCUGCGUCCAGUUUGUCACGGAAACGGAGUACAGCCAGUGCCAGUCGCUGCACAGCCAGUUCCUGGGCGGCACCAUGAUCAUCAUCAUCGGCGGCAUCAUUGUGGCCUCGGUGCUCGUCUUCAUCAUCAUCCUCAUGAUCCGCUACAAAGUCUACAGCACCCACGGCGGCGAGUCCGGCAAGGCCAGUGCCAUGGCGACCCUGCGCGCGCAGACCAACGGGGGCCAAGCGGCGGCCGGACAGGUGCCGCGCUCCGGAUCCAAAGUCACAGACUCCUCUCAGGAGGAGCAGCCCACCAUGGGCUUCUCCGCAGGGUGCGGCGUGGGCGGGGUGGUGGGGUGGGGUCCGAACGCGGGCAGCCUGAAGGACUCCGUGGCGCUGGUGGUGGACUGCGAGAAGUCUGCCCGUGUGGAGAUCACGGGCGAGGACAUUGUGUCGCCAACAAAGCGGCGCCACUCCAGGACUUACAUAGAGCUCAAGGGACAGCCGCCACUGUCGGGCAAAGAGGGCAAGAGUGCAGAGCCUUCAGAGAAUUCUCCAGUCAGUGACGAGAAGAAGGUUCAACGCGACUUCAAAAUCUGACACCUGCCUUCUGCUCUGACCAUACUUCCAGCUCCCGCAGAGUAAUGGCCGCCUCUCUCUCUCUCUCUCUCUCUCUGUCUCUCUCUCUCUCUCUCUCUCUCUCUCCUUUAGCAUCUCCUCCCUCCUCAAUUCCUUCAUCCUCAUCCGCUUGACCGAAAAGAAGACGAGUGAACGUGGAGAAAAAAAAAAGAAUAUUCAUGACGAAUAGACGUGGCGGAAGAAUAGCAUCUGCCAUUUCCUGGGAAACUUAGCAUGCCGCUAAGACUGGCGCCUGCCAAGGCCUUGCACGUUCUACUCUGUGCAUAUGGCAGGGUUUCACUCAUAACACUACUCACUCUGAGGCAUUUUUUUUUCCUGCUUUUUGAUGUCUCUUAUUUCUAGACCAGCCGUGCAGGACUAUGUUUGCCUAAAGGAAAUAACUCUUCACAAACUUGAAAGGAUGAAGGAGAAACCAAGUGUUUUUUUUUUUUAUUAUUAUUAUUAUAAUUAUUAUUAUUAUUUUAUUUUAUUACCAUAGCAUUCACUAUCUGUGGGGACUGGAAUUGGGAACAAGGACGGCGCAGUUUAAAUUCCAAAAGCCGGAGCUGUACAUGUGGAUCUCCUGAGAUGCUCAAUGCACACCUUUUAGUCUCUGUCUGUGGACGGGACUGCCCAGGACUCCUCUCAGACUUGCGUCAUUGGAAUACGAAUUAAUGGAAGAUGCCGACAUUGGGCUGUCACUACUUUCGGGGCGGAAAUAUGAACUAUGGCUAUGGGGGAAAAAGAGAAACUAUUGUCCUUAUACCCCACUUGUCCUGGACUAUUUUAUGUAUUGGCACGGAGGUCCUCUAUGUUGCUCGGAUGUUGAGGAUCUCGUGAUGGAUAUCUCCUUACUGGUUUGCAUCGUGCCUCAUCCGCCCCACCUCUGCGGCUCUGAGGGAUCUGAAAAAAAAAGCAAAGAAAAAACCUCUGUCUCGCUCUUCAGACCCCUCUCAGUUUCAGCCAACAAACCUGGAAUAUACAAACUAAAACAGCAAACUGCAAGAGUUCAACUUUUGAGCACAAGCUUAUUCAGUAAACCCAUUUUGUUUUAUUUUCUUUCUUCUUUUUUUUUGGUUCAGUCACUUUUCAUUUGGCUUUUUUUUUCUUUUGUAUCUGUACAUAACUCAAUUCCAAAAUCUUAUAGUUUUGUACAUGUAAUUUUUAUGGUGUGUGAAGUUUUAUAUAAAAUAAAAAAAAUCUCUCUA